UCUGCUGAGCUGUGCUGCUCCUGGGGAGCUGGGGCUCAGUUGCCCUGUGGCAACCUCCUCCAUGUGGGGCCAGGCCAGGGAGGCUGCCAAAGCCAAACCAUUGCUGUGCAACACGGGCUGUGUGCCCUGUCCUGAUCUCAGCCAGAUUGUGACACUCCCAAACUCGCCCUGGCCACGCUGCUCUGCACUGCUGUCAUCUCUUGGGGCUGCUGGGUCUGGGCUGGCACAGCUCUGGAGAGCUCUAGGACACAGGCAAUCCUGAGCAGAGCACAUCUUGACAAAGUCUCCUGGCAACCCCUCUGGCGGGGCUGGAUGACAGCAGGAGCCGCCAGGUGAACCUGAGCCCGCGAGGAGGCGAAACCAGGACRCGCCAUGGGGCAGAAGGUCACGGGUGGGAUAAAAACCGUGGACAUGAGGGACCCCGUGUACAGACCCUUGAAACAGGAGCUGCAGGGGCUGGACUACAGCAAACCCACGCGGCUGGAGCUGCUGCUGGACAUGCCCCCGGUGUCGCACGACGUGCAGCUGCUGCACUCGUGGAACAACGACGACCGCUCGCUCAACGUCUUCGUCAAGGAGGACGACAAGCUCAUCUUCCACCGGCACCCGGUGGCGCAGAGCACGGACGCCAUCCGGGGCAAGGUGGGCUACACGCGGGGGCUGCACGUGUGGCAGAUCACCUGGGCCAUGCGCCAGCGCGGCACCCACGCCGUGGUCGGGGUGGCCACGGCCGAGGCGCCCCUGCACUCRGUGGGCUACACCACCCUGGUGGGCAACAACCACGAGUCCUGGGGCUGGGACCUGGGGCGCAACAGACUCUACCACGAUGGUAAAAACCAGCCCAGCAAAACCUACCCYGCCUUCCUGGAGCCCGACGAGACGUUCAUCGUGCCCGACUCCUUCCUGGUGGUGCUGGACAUGGACGAUGGCACCCUGAGCUUCAUCGUGGAUGGGCAGUACAUGGGGGUGGCUUUCCGAGGACUCAAAGGGAAAAAACUSUACCCGGUGGUGAGCGCGGUGUGGGGCCACUGUGAAAUACGGAUGUGCUACUUGAACGGGCUCGACCCGGAACCCCUGCCCCUGAUGGAUCUGUGCCGCCGCGCUGUGAGGAUGGCCCUGGGCAAGGACAGACUGGCUGAGAUCCCCACGCUGCCCCUGCCAGCCUCCCUCAAGAGUUACCUGCUCUACCAAUGACCCUCCUGGAGCUCUGCCACGGAUCAGAACUGACCCCCAGCGCCGUGGGCUCAAUGCCCAGUGUCAUCCCUGCUGCUGGAGCUCCUUGGCCAAAGCCUUCCUGCUGCUGCUUCAACCCCUCCUGGCGAGCCCUCGAGCAAUUCUGGUUCCUCACUCAGUGCUCUGGAACUUGGAAAUCACAGAAAGAACAUGGACAGAGGCUCUGCUGCUCCUGGAAAAGGCUGUGCUGCAUCCUCUGCCUUCCAGGGAAGGGUUUGCUGUGCCAGCUAAAUAAUAAUCUUAUUAUCGAAGGUUAUUAUCUUUGAUAAUAAUCAAAGAAUAAAAGUAAGAAAAACUACAUAAUAUCAGGAAAGUGAAGGCAUUAGGAGUAGUAGGAAUGUUAAAACCAGGUCCUAAGAGUGGAAAGGCACAGGGUGGCCAGCAGAGUUGGAAAGAGCACAAAGAAUUAAUUGGGGAGUUUUUAAAAACCAAAAAURAGAAGUCCAGCCCCAAGCCCUGCAACAGCAAAAGCAAGAAGCCUUUGCCAGGACACUGUGUGAUGUGGAGGAGGUGUUUUUUUCUGUCUGUGCUGGGAUUUUUCAGCCUGCUCUGUUGCUGUCACACAGGUUGUGACUCCUCCUUUCCUGUUUGUCACCAUUGCCUCUCCUGCUCCAUUCUGUGUUUGCCUCAGUUGAUUCUGCAGUCAGGCUGUGUCUGCUCUGCCUCUUUUCUGACUGGGAAUUGCAGCUUUUAUUCUGGGCUGAUGUGGGAGCAGGACAGAUACAUUUCUGUCCUGGGUAAGCCCAUCCUGAGCUGAGCUUUGUCCCAGCUCCUGUCCCCUGAGCUCUGCCUGCCCUGUCCCUUUAGAGAAACACCUUCAUGUUCCUCUGAUGGCACUGCCAGGGAAUUCUCUCCUUGGCUAAGCUGCUUAAACUCAUCCAAGCCAGGCUUUGUGUGUCAUGGAGCAGCUUAAUCUCGCUGUGGCUGCAGCAGGAGCGGCUCUGUCUGUGCUUGGGGUGGCUGCAGAAAUGCCCUGAGCAGGGAGGAAUUGCAGAGGGUGUGAGCAGAGCCAGGGCUGAUCAUCAGCAACAGCCAGAAAACCCCUCCAGGAGAGAACUGCAAUAAACAGGACAAAAUUCAGGCCAAAUCAGCACAUCCCAAAUAGAUCCCAAAGAGGAUGACACUCCUUUAUCAGCAGGAGCUGCUCUCUUGACCUCUCCACAGGUUACUAUGCUGCCUUUCUGGGGUUAUUUUGCACAUUUCUUUGUAUUUUUUUUUUCUUGAAAAAUGUUUGUGUGAUUGGUUUUGGGUUUGUUUGUUUUCUUUUUUUUUUUUUUUUUUUUUUUUGCUUUUGAGUUAUCCCUUCAGUUUUGUGUAGGUACAAAUGAGUUUAGUUGUUGAAAAUGUUAAUAUAUAUAUUUGUGGUGUAUGUAUAAGAACAUGUUUUAAACAGCUGCUGUAGGGUACCUUUUGGAAAAUAAACUACUUGCAUAGUAUAUUUUUUAAAGCACAGAGUUGGUGCCAAGACUGGGUGGGGUGUGACGUGCCCCUUUUUUAUUCUAAUAUUGUMUGAUUUUUUUCAGUGUAGGGGUUUGUACUCGUUUCUGCUGCAGGGUGGGACACAAAACUCGGUUGCCUUCAACUUGAACCAGUGUCUUCCAGAACUGCAGGGAAGGAGCUGUGUUCUCCCUACUUCUAACACUCUUUGUGCUCCCUCAUUUCCAUCUCUCCUCACUUCACCACCACAUUACUUUGUACAGUUUAAAAUUCUUUCUAUUUUAUGACUGUAGAUAACACUCAGUAACCUAAUAAACUUUAUUAAAUAUUCCUUGGUG